CUCUAGUAUUCGGAAGUAUAGCUUGGCCGCUGCCUGAUCGCUUGAUCUGACAGUAUAAGAUAUCUCGGCUUUUGCAUUGAUCUUUUCUUCCCCCGUUACCAUUUGCCCGAUAUCAAUCAGGCCUGAUUACCACUGGUGCUCUAGCAUUUAACCCUGGAACUGCAAAAGCCUCGGACCUAUCUUCAAUAUGCCGUCGGCCGAUCAAGACUUUGAAUUUAAACAACAGCUGUCGAGAAGCUGCCAUAGUCUCAUAGAUGGCCUGGACACUGCGUACGGAUAUAAGCCGUCGCUGGCUGCUGGCGUCGUAUUUCUCGUUCUCUUUGGCCUCUCGAUGAUCAUACACACAGUUCAGUUUACUUGGAAAAGAGUUUGGUGGUGCGCUGUCUUUAGUAUUGGGUGUCUGACGGAGGUCCUGGGUUGGGCUGGACGUACAUGGUCUGCAGAAUGUCCCUACAACAUGACUGCCUUCCUGAUGCAAAUUUCUACCUUGAUCAUUGCUCCCACAUUCUUCACGGCAGGCAUCUACGUCCUCCUUGGCCGGUUCAUCCAACUUCUUGGCCGCGAGUCCUCCAUCCUUAGCCCUAAAAUGUACCUCUGGAUCUUCUGCACCUGCGACGUCAUCUCGCUCGUCAUCCAAGCCAUCGGCGGCGGCAUGGCUUCCAUAGAAGUGAACAAGGAAAAUGGCGACACAGCCCCAGGAACCCACAUCAUGGUCGCCGGUAUUGUCUUUCAGAUGUUCUCGAUUACCGUCUUUGUCGCUUGCGCCGCCGAUUUCGUCCGCCGGGUUCUCCGUCGUCGACUUUUGCAAACAAUGAGCGGGUCCAUCACCCCCCUUUUCGGUGCCAUGGUGUUCUCCGUGCUCUGCAUAUAUGUUCGAAGUAUCUAUCGUACCAUCGAGUUGUCGCAGGGCUGGACCGGAUACCUCAUCACCAGGGAGAAGUACUUCAUUGCGCUCGAUGGCGCAAUGAUGGUGGCUUCUGUUGGCGUGUUCAAUAUCUUCCAUCCUGGCUGGCUGAUGCCUAGUAAUAAAGCGAUGCAGUAUGAUCGGGAGAUCAUGUCGGAGGAUGGAUAUGGCCAUGCUACUGAACUUCGGUGAAGUCUUGCUUUUCCUUCCGCGCUUUUUUUCUGAUCUCUCCUUUCUUUUUCUUUUUCAUUUUUUUCUUCUAUUUUUCUUCUAUUUUGUUGGAGUCGGAACUGUUCGUUGGCCUUAGCGUUUAGAUCUUAGAUUUUAGAUUUUCAAAAGUAAUAAAGAUAAUGUUUCAAUAUAUAAGGGAGGAAGAGGUAACCUGCUUAGCACACACUUUCAGGUAAAUUUCACAAAGCCAUCAAUUACAAAAACA